CAGAGCCUGGCGGAUUCUCCGCGCAGCUUCGGGCUACCCCGUGCCCAGUCUGGCUGAACCCGGGUCACAAGCCCUGAGGGACCCCGUAGAUCCGGCCAGAGACACCGACUGGGACGCGUAGUUGUCUACCGCUGAGCGAGCCGAGAUUUGUAGUUUUCGAGUGUGGCCAACUAUUCUUUUUCUUCCCCUUCCCUUCCUUGUGACUCUUCCUAGGGGAACCGGCGAGACCUUUCCGAGGCAAAACGGCGAAGUGGGUGACUCUAGGCAUUCACUCGUUUCUCAUGCCGACCCUGUUAAGCACUCUCCCACCAGAACAUCUUCAGUUAAAAAUCGGAAGGACUGAUAAAACUGCGAGGCCCAGAAGUUAAACUUGCCCAAAAUCUCAGGAAAGAAACGGUGGAGCCAAGAUUGGAAAAUAGAGCAGAGGAUCUGGUCUCCCAGUUCUGUCAUUUACGUGGGACACCAUGAAGCAGCUGCCAGUCUUGGAGCCUGGAGACAAACCCAAGAAAGCAACAUGGUACACCUUGACUCCCCCUGGAGACAGCCCCUGUGCUCGAGUUGGCCACAGUUGCUCAUAUUUACCCCCAGUUGGUGAUGCCAAGAGAGGGAAGGUCGUCAUUGUUGGAGGAGCAAAUCCAAACAGAAGCUUCUCAGAUGUGUACACCAUGAAUCUGGGGACACACCAGUGGGACUUAGCUACCUAUGGGGGCCUCUCGCCGCGGUAUGAACAUGCCAGCUUCAUUCCUUCCUGCACACCUGGCAGCAUCUGGGUAUUUGGAGGGGCCGACCAGUCAGGAAAUCGAAAUUGUCUCCAAGUCUUGAAUCUUGAAACCAGGAUUUGGAAGACACCAGAAGUGACCGGCCCCCCACCAUCUCCAAGAACAUUCCACACAUCAUCAGCAGCUAUUGGAAACCAGCUCUAUGUCUUUGGAGGUGGAGAGAGAGGUGCCCAGCCUGUGCAGGAUGUGAAGCUGCAUGUGUUUGACGCAAAUACUCUGACCUGGUCACAGCCAGAGACAUUUGGAAGUCCUCCAUCUCCCCGGCAUGGUCAUAUGAUGGUAGCAGCAGGGACAAAGCUUUUCAUCCAUGGAGGCUUGGCAGGGGACAAAUUCUUUGAUGAUUUCCAUUGCAUCGAUACAAGUGACAUGAAGUGGCAGAAGCUCAGUCCCACAGGGGUCGCCCCAGCAGGCUGUGCUGCCCACUCAGCUGUGACUUUGGGAAAACAUAUAUAUGUCUUUGGAGGAAUGACUCCUACCGGAGCACUGGACACAAUGUACCAGUAUCACAUAGAAAAACAGCUAUGGUCUCUCCUUAAAUUUGAUACUUUGCUGCCCCCUGGACGUUUGGAUCAUUCCAUGUGUAUCAUUCCAUGGCCAGUGACAUCUACUUCUGAGAAAGACUCAAAUUCUGUUACCCUAAACUGUGAAACUGAGAAAGGGGAUUCCACCGACAGAGUGGCACCAUGUGGCAGCACAUCUGAGGAAAGCCAGAGUGACAUACUGCUAUGUUUUGUGUUUGGUGGGAUGAAUACAGAAGGGGAAAUCUAUAACGAUUGUAUUGUGACUGUAAUUGACUAAAAAAAAAAAAAAAUUGUUACUUUCAUUAAAGUUAAGAGAAACCUUAA